GGCAAAUUUCCACACUAUCCAAUAGUACCCACUGUCCGCAGGCACGCCUGCAAUUUCUCACUCUCCGGAGCUCGCAUGCACCCCCAUUUUUGCAAUUUCCAUUUGCCGGUACCAUCUAUUCAUACAUAUUCCCUAAUUUAUCGCUUCCAUGGAGCCUCAAUUACUGGCAUCGCAGCCGCAGCAAUACUCUAUCAGGCGGUAUAACCACCGGCGCCACAGUGGGGAGGGCGGCGGGCCGGUGGAGAUGACCAAGGAAGCCUCUCAUCCUGACGGCGGAGAGAGCAGUGCCACCGUGGAGAGGCGCGGAGGAGGAGACGUGCGCCGGGCUGCACCGGAUCGCAACCUCGCGUCGCUCUGCGAUCACGUUCAAUUGGAAGGGUUUAAUAACGGCAUGUUCUCCGAUGUCGUUUUGAACGCAAUGGGGUCGACCUAUCAUCUACACCGCCUACUUCUCUCCCGGAGUUCAUACUUCCGGAACAUGCUCCAGGGUCCUUGGAAGGAAGCUAAAUCUCCAGUUUUGACCUUGCACGUGGAUGAUAAAAAUGUAAAUAGUGAAGCAAUGGAAAUGGCUUUGGCCUAUCUCUAUGGACAUUAUCCUAAGCUUAAUGACGAUAAUGCAUUUAGAGUUCUAGCUGCUGCAUCUUUUCUUGACCUUCAGGAUUUAUGUGCAAUUUGUACAGAUUUCAUCAUAGCUGAAUUGUGGUCUUCAAACUUCUUAACUUUUCAGGUCUUUGCUGAGAGCCAAGAUUAUGGGACUCAUGGGGAACGUGUUCGAAAUGCUUGUUGGGGCUACCUGUGUCAAAGUGGUUCAAAGGAACUAAAGGAGGUGCUCCCAAAACUUUCCUCGCAAACACUACUUGCUUUACUAACGUCAGAUGAACUAUGGGUGCCAAGUGAAGAGAAACGGUUUGAACUGGCUCUGUGCACUCUUCUUGCGAAAGGUGCACAUGGCAAGACAGAAAACCAUGAGCAGAGAGGUUCAAGUUGUGAGGUUGUAGCCAGUGCCUAUUCUGGUUCUUCCAGGGGAAGCAAGAAGCAUUCUACUGAUGAAAGCAGAAAUAGCUCGCUGGAAACUGAACGAGGACACUCAAAAACCAUAGACAACUUUGAAAGCCGCGAUACUGCUCGUAACAUUUUGGUAGAACUUGCAGACUCCAUUGUGGACUCCUGUUCUGAAGUCUCCACAUUUGAUCAAGCCCAAACAACAUAUUGUGAAUCUAAUCCGGAGUCGGGGUAUUAUUGUAACACCAGAGGACCUUCGACCAGUAACACAUUCUCUGCAGAUGAUAGUAAUGUCCUGUGUUCUUAUCUGAAUAUUCAAAACUGUACUGGAAUGAGUGGGUCAGCGGGCAGUGGUUUGGCCGUGGAGGGACCGUCAGACGAAGAUCCAUGCUACCAAUUAAAUAGCAGUUGGCCUUCAGGAGAUCAGAUGCACUGUGUCUCUAUAAACACUUCAUGUAAUGUGCUAAUGUCGAAUGAAUGGGAAAAAUGUAAUAUAUCACCCCUGACAUGGGGUGGCAGGACCGUGGGCAGAAGAGAGGUAAAAACUUCCCUAAACCAGCAAUGUGGGAUGAGCCAAGAAGAUUAUGAUUCUUUCGUCAACAUUUUUGAAGGGGGCUCACUUUUGUACUGCAACAUGUCUUUUGAAGCACUCUUAAAUGUGAGAAAGCAUCUUGAAGAAAUGGGCUUCCCUUGCAAAGCUGUGGAUGAUGGCUUAUGGUUGCAGAUGCUUUUAAGCCAGAGGGUUCAGGAAAUUGGUGCAGCGACAUGUAAAAAUUGCUGCCGUGUUGGCAUUGCAUGCGCAUGCAGACAGUCAUUUGGAUACUACAUCCAAGAUGAGCAUAGUAAUUUAUCCCAUAAUGACAUGGGGCAUGUCUAUAUAAACAACUCUGCUCUGGGGGAAAGAAGUGGCCACUUUAGGCCUGUUCGCGUACACGACAGAGGCCCCAUUGAUGGCCUAGCUGGCAUCGGACGUGGAACUACAUUCGUACCUGCGUCCGCUUGGCCUCCGACUCGUUACGUCUUUUCUCGUGUCCCAUUUGGUAUAGGCAAUCGAGGCAAUCAACAGCCUCCUGCUAAUGAUGAUCCUGAUAACAGAGGCGACAACACUGGGGACAUUGCUGGGGAUGGCUUGACGGCUCUUGUUGGGCUCAGUCAGGGAUCGAAUGAUGCCGCUGACUUGCACGAGUUGCAGAUUGGAAGAGACUACGAGACUACGAGUUCUGGUGGUGGAAUACCUGUUCAGAUAAUGAAUUCGAACGGGGAUGCUAUGGGAAUCGAGUGGGAGAAUGAAAACAGAAAGAUAUCGUUGGAUAUGAAAACACCUUUGAGUCACUUUCCACCUUUUCGCUUCGCGGUUGAAUUCCAGGAAGUGCUUACACUCUGUGAUGGUCAAGUUAAACACUCACCUGAAGCAUUUUAUGCAGGGUCCUUGUGGAAGGUAGGUGUUGAACAAGAAAAGUUAGUGUUCAGGCUUUUAGCGAUGAAGAUCCUCAAGGACGUCGCACACUCGGUCCAUAUGUACGUGGACUCUAGGGAAAAGGUUACCGCCAGAUACCAGUUGAUAUGUCCGUCAAAGAGAGAAGUUAUGGUGUUCGGAAGCUAUAAGCAGACGGGAACACUUUUACCAAAAGCUCCAAAGGGGUGGGGCUGGCGAACGGCCUUGUUAUUUGAUGAACUUGAUGACCUUCUCCAAAAUGGUGCCCUACGAGUAGCUGCUGUUGUGCAGCUUAUCUAGUAACUUAUUCAAGAUGGAGUAUAGUCGAACAAUGGUUUGUGCUGCAUUGAGUCAAACAGAUAGUUUCAGUACUUUCCAAAGUCAAAGAUUGUAUUCACACAUUGUCUGCAGUGCCUUAUUUGUAUCUGGAUCUAGACUCAUAUUUUCGACUAAGCAAGAUUUCAGGUGUUGUAUAUUCUGACUUCUGGUUUCUCUCGGUAUGUGCAGCUGGUCCUGUUAUGGUUUGACAGAAUUAUGCAUGUACAAUGAUUUUCACGCCAUACUAUAUAAAUGCAAAUAUGUAUUUGUCCUUGAGCUACUCAUAAUUUUUCUUGAGCAACUAGAAUAAGUAUUUUAUUUAUGGGUAUUGUCUUUGCAUAAAUGAGUCUAGAUUGGAAGGAAUUGGCUCCGACUCUAUCUCGCUCGUCUUUCCACACUGGUGCUGAUUUUUGGGUCAGAUGUGGUUUGAUUGCCUUUUGUCAGAUCUAAAUACCCGUCUGAGUUUAAGUUGGAAAGUUUGGAUGUGACAACUUUCAAUCUGCACAUUGAUUUUUGUGGUAGGGAUGUAUGAGUAGCUUGUGGCUUACUUAGUGCUUGAGGUCUCUGUUUACUGUUGGUGUUGUCUGAUUGUAAUGGUCUUCGAUGCAAAGAAAGCUUGCUUGGGCGGAUGUGGCAGCAAAUUAUCUGAAGAGAAUGUGUUAUUUUGUAUAUUACUAUGUCUUAGGCGAGUGUAAAUUCUUUUUCUUAUACCUGUCCUUGGCCAUUUUUGUGGGACAGUUUCCAGUUGUCAAAUUAUGUACUCUCUUUUACUCUCUUUUUU